UCUUUUAGCUUAGUCCAAUUUCUGGGACACUGAAAGCUAGCUCCUCAAAAGCAGUAAAAGUUUGGGAAGGCCAGACUGAUAAUGUGUUAAAUAUACAGGUGUUUAUUAGAUAGAUGGACUUGACAGGUUGAGUUGUUACCUCACCCUCCAACACGCACACCAAAAAUGAAAUGUAUUAUUUGGGAAGGCACACACCUGUCUAUAAUAAGGUCCCACAAUUGAAAGUUCAUGUCAGAGCAAAAACCAAGCCAUCAGGUCAAUGGAAUUAUCCUGAUAGCCUGAUAUAGGACUUUGUGAAGGCAUAUAUCUGGGGAUGUGUGCCAACAUAUAUCUGCAGCAUUAAAAGUCCCCAAGAACACAAUAGCCACAGUGGCAAUUAUUCUUAAUUUGAAGAUGUUUGGAACCACCAACACUCUUCUUAGAGCUGGGCCCCAGGCCAAACUAAGAUUAACCUUGGUCUGGGAGUUGAUCGAAAACCCAAUGGUCACUGACAGAUCUCCAGAGUUCCAGUGAGAAGAUGAAAGGACCUUCCAGAUGGAAAACCAUUUCUGAAGCAUUUCAAUCCUCCCUAAAAGUUUGGGCAGAAGACACUCCUCAGUAAUAGACCCAUGACAGCCUGGUUGGAGUUUGCCUAAAGGUCUCUCAGAGCACAAGAUUUUGAUGAAACCAAGUUUGAAAUCUAUGGCCUGAAGCCCAGAUGUCAUGACGGAAGGAAACCUAGCCCAUAGUAUGGUGGUGAAGCCUAGCCAUUGAAGCAUGGUGGUGGCAGCAUAAUGCAGUGGGGAGGUUUUUCAUCCCCACUGCAUUGAUUCUGGGAAUAUAGUCAGUAUCGAGGGAAAGCGGAGACAAGUACAGACAGGCCCUUGAUAACAAACUUGCUCCAGAGCGCUCAGCACACACCUAAGACAAUGCAGUAUGUCUUUGGGACAAAUCUGUGAAUGCUCUGUAUUCCCUCAUCCUGCUGUUUUUGCAUAGAGAUCGAUAAAGAGAUUGAACGUUGUGUCUUUUCUGUAAUUGUGUCUGGGCAGUGCACAAAGAGAAACCGAUAUUGCGACUACAAUAUGGUAUUGAUAACUUCUGAGUAGAAAAGCAAUCCAAAUCUAGACAUUUUGCAAUAUCCCUUUAAAACAUGUCUGUGCUAGCGGCUUUCCUGAGAUAAAUUAUGCAGAUGAAUUAGCAUGAGGCUUGUGGCAGCGACCGGAGGUUUGAAUGUGAAAUAUUUUCCUUUCACAGUGAGUAUUAUUGGUACCCUAACGGGCUGUCAAAAUCCCCGGCAGUGGAAAAAGCUCUCAUCAACCUACCUGAUCACUGAAGAAAUGUUGGGUGACCAGUUCUACAAGGAGGCCAUUGAGCAGUGUCGCAGCUACAAUGCCCGUCUGUGUGCAGAGCGCAGCGUGCGCCUGCCUUUCCUGGACUCCCAGACCGGCGUGGCACAGAACAACUGCUACAUCUGGAUGGAGCGCCACCACCGUAGCCCUGGAGUGGCUGCUGGUCAGAUGUACACAUACCCCGCUCGUUGCUGGAGGAAGAAGAGACGGCUGCACACUUCCAUUGACCCCCCACUGCGCCUCUGUGGCCUCCAGCUAGAUGGAGGACUCCCGGGCAAGGAUGCGCUUCCCACACAGGGCACCACCUUGGAGGCACUUCUCAGAGGGGAGGGCCUAGAUAAGAGGAAUAACUCUAAGGAUGAGGAGAGCCUCCUGGAGAUUCAGAGGGUUUUAGAGGCUGAUGCAGCCGAGGAUGCUUACCAUGAUGGAGAAGACUAUGAAGUGGACACUCCCAAAAAGAGAAACCGAGGAAAAGGCAGAGGUCGGGGUUUAGGGCGCCGGAGGACAGAGAUUGAUGACCAGGACAAGCCAUACAGCUGUGACAACAGAUGCAAACAAAAGCAUAAGUCAAAAACCACGGCCUCAGUCUGUGGGAAGCGCUACAGGAACCGUACAGGGCUGAGUUACCACUAUACCCAUUCCCACCUGGCAGAGGAGAGGGAAUCCGAGUCUUCCCGGUCACCCUCGGCACAACGCUCUGAGCGACACAAACGUCAGAAGGGUCCUGACGGGACUGCUGUCACCAAUAACUACUGUAACGCAUGCUUGUGCACCCCAGGCUCCAACAGGCAGAGGGGUAAAUCAGGGGAGAGGGGUCCCUGUUCAGUCUGUCGCCACUCCACUGGCCGCCCAGAGGAGGAGGACUGCAGGCCGUUUGCUGGGGCGGAGGAACUGUUUGGCACCACCUCCGAGAGCGAUACAUCCACCUUUCAUGGCUUUGAGGAUGAUGAGCUUGAAGAACCAUCGUCAAAUGGCAAGGGGACAUCCAACCGAUACAGAUAGAGAAUAACUUUCUAGGUUUAAAGACUAUUUUUAAUAUGGAUAAACUCCGGCAAAAAUCUGCUGCUUCUUUUUAAAUGUUCUUGUUGUUUUUGUGGAUAGCACAAGUGAUUAUUUCAAGAGAGAUGCAAGAAGUGUUAUUUUAUUAUCUACUGAACCCUGUUUAAUAAUUUAUGAACGUGUUUUUUUUUUAUAUCAACUUUGAAAGCAACAAGCAACUGACAGUGUUUCUUGAAGAGUUGCUCUCCUUGUGAAAUUGAAGGAAGAAUAUUUUUUGCUAUACCCCCCCCCCCCCUUUUGCUGGAGCAGAAAAGGCAAUUCUUAUGAACAAACACUGGACAAUGUGGAUAUUUUCUUUUCUAGUGAUUUGCCAGAGGAAAUGAAAUCCAAUAAUUUAUCUGAAAUUUAAUUACUUAAAUGAUAAACUGGAUGAGGAAUGAGUGUCAUCUCCAAAGUCAUUCCUCGGCAUGUUGAUGUCACUGGAAUCACCAGACAGUUGGGAAAGUAUUUAGAUCACACUUCCACUGCUCCUCUGGGUUAUAAUAAUGUGAAAAUGAAGGAAUGAGUGAAGGAAAGAAGGUUUGACGUGUUGAUGAAGCAAAGGGCUAUGAAGACAUACUAGAAGCAGUGAAUGGCCAGCUGAAAGCAAGGAGGAGCAUGGAAAGAGGAUCCACAGAGCAAUGCAACCAGCGAGGAGUGCAACCCUACACCUACACCUAUGUGGCUUACCGUCACAGCCGUCCAUCCUUAAAUCCAGCCAGCCAGCGUCCACAUCAGCCCCUUUUCUGAUGAUCCCAGAUGGGAUGUUUGAAACGACUUGUUCCACAUCCAGUGACUGUCCUCCGCUGCCAUGCACUGUGCUAGACAGUACCUAUCCUAUCUGGGAAAAGGUCAUUGCUGUGGGUUCCUCCUCUACGGCCGGGUCCACCAUACCCAUGGGAUCCAGUAAAACACUGAGACAUCAUUAACUUACUGUGACAGCCUGUGACACGGGUGGGAAAGCGGCUCUGACAGCCAUGAUGACCCAGUGACCUCACUGGAACCUCUCUGACCGCUGACCCCCACCAUAACAACGGUGCUGAACUUCCUCCGCCACUAACACAGCAAAACCUCUGGAGUACCUCUGCGCGCUCUUGUCUGCUCUUAUCUGCUCUUCUCUGUCGCUCUCUUUAACGUGUUCCUUGAACGGGUCAACCAAUUGUAAGAUGAGUUUUUUUAUCCCUUCCAUCCAAGCGUUUGAAUUGUUAUAUUCCUUUGCUUUGAACAACAUUGUGCUUGGGUUGUGAGUGUCAUUUUGGUGGUUGGUGGAGUUUUGCAGUAUAUCCACCAAUUAUUCAGAUUUGGUUUGUUCCGGCUUCUUGAAGAUAAUUUUGUCCUUCUACUGUACCUACUACUUCUCAGGCAUAUGAUUUGUAUCGCUGUUGAUUCUUCUUCUCUCUGCAUCAUGAUAUAGUAUCAAGCCACUCUCCUGCCUGCCGUUGUUGUAUUCCAUCGGUCAGAUACAAAAAUAUAUAGCUGAUGAGUGUUAUUAAGGGAUCAGAAUAGAAUAGAAUGUAAGGAAGACCCUGUGGUGUAGUCACCACAGCGCCAUGUCUUAUUCUCUCAGCUACUGUAAUAACACCUCUGAACUGUGCCCAGCCAAGUUAUUGGGUAUAUUAUAUUCUCUUCUUCCUCUUGGACACUUGUCAUAUACCCUUUUCCAGAAUGUGUACUUAAUGCAAGAAGAGUUAUGUACAACCGCAGGAGUCUUUGCACAAUAAACUGUAAAACAAUUGUAUUUGUGGGACACACACACACACACUAUGAAUCCAAAGUAAUCUGUCCCACUGUGUGGUCAUUGACAAAAUGAUUUGUUCCAUUAGCUAGUGUCAGAUUGUAUAGAAAUAGGAGGAAAGUGUCUUAAAGAGGGACCAACUAGGCACUCACAAAGGCUGUGUUUUCACAGGGAGCUCUAUUCGUUUGACUUGAUGUUGGACAGUAUUUAAGACAUAAGGACCUGAACUGCCUGUGUAAAUGCUGCCUUACCCUUACUAACUGUACCCAUUAAUUAUACUGAAUUCCCUCAGGGAAUCUUACUGUUGUUUCCAGGAAAUGAUUUUGGUUUAUCAAUGGCUGGUUUUCAUGGUGCCCUCUGAAAGCUUUUGAGUCACUCGUGUUGGGCUGAUAACCCUGGUAUUAACCCCCCUGGAGUCAGGGUGGCAUCCAUCCCCCACCCCCCCCGAGUCAGCCUGGUAUCCACUCCCUCC